GCGUCCCUAGUGUGUAUUAUUGCCUUACGCUGGGAGGACCGAACCCAAAGGUGUGAUGAGGUUGAGGGCUGAAGUACCGUUGGUGGCGGUGGUGGUGGCAAUGGCGGUGACGGUGGGGGUGCAGGAGGCAGGAGCCGCGCGAAUCCUGAUGCUGCACCCGACCAGCACCAGAAGUCACAAGAAUUUCUUCAUGGCCAUCGCGGAGAACCUGGCACAGAGGAACCACUCGUUGACGUUCGUGACGAACUUCAAUUCGACACAUCAACGACCCAACAUCCGGGAGAUAUUCGUAGCCGAGGAAACUUUCACUACGGGAGUGCCAAACCUGUUCAACACCAGCACCCUGCAAGUGACGAGGCAGCUUUUCCCCUCCUUUGUCACCUCCUGCAGCCUGACUCUUGCUGCCGAUCAGGUUCAGUCGAUCCUCAGGGAAGAGUUCGACUUGGUGAUGAUGUACAUGAGCUUCACAGAAUGCUUCCUCCCUGUCAUACAUGAACGAAAGGUGCCGUUCAUCUACGUGGUUCCCAACGUGGUGCAGGUGGGAUACAGUGACCUCGCCGGCACACCGUUCUUCCCUUCUCUCGCGGCGACCUACUUUUAUGGCCUCGACCACCCGCUCACCUUCGCCGGCAGAAUGAUCAGCACACUCUCGGGCGUCCUGGAGAUUGUCUUCAUAAAGUACCUUGUGUCAAGGCAAGAGGCGGAAUGCCGCGCCCGAAAGCUGUGCUCUGAGGACAUGCCCAGCCUGGCGGAACUGAGGCUUAAUAGUAGUCUCUUUAUCACUAACAGCGUCAGGACGAUGGAGAACCCGACGCUGCCCUACACGCCCACGGUGGUGCACGCCGGAGGAAUACACUGCCGCCCCGCCGAGCCGCUCCCCGAGGAUCUGCAGCAGUGGGUCGCCGGCGCGGGGAAGCCAGGAGUCAUCUUCUUCAGUCUGGGAACCUUCGUUAAGUCAUCAACCUUACCCGAGGGGUACAAGAAGGUGCUGCUGGAGGUGUUCGGCUCCCUGCAGCAGCGGGUCCUGUGGAAGUGGGACGAGGACGCCAUGGAGGGCCUUCCCCCCAACGUGCGGCUGUCCAAGUGGCUCCCUCAGCAGGACAUCCUCGGUCACCAGCAGCUGCAGCUUUUCAUCACACACGGGGGUCUGCUUAGCACCCAGGAGGCGUCCUACCACGGGGUGCCGGUGCUCGGCCUGCCUGUCGCCGUGGACCAACAUCAAAACAUGAAGAGGGCGCAGCGGGAGGGCUGGGGACGCUUCCUGCACUGGGAGGACCUCAACUAUGACAGCCUUCGCGGCAACAUUCUCCAGAUGAUAGGCGACACAAGGUUUCGGGACGAGGCGCAGCGUAGGGCGAAGGUGAUGCGGGACCAGCCGUUGUCGCCGGGGGACUGGACGACCUACUGGGUGGAGUAUGUCCUGCGGCACCAAGGGGCACGCCACCUCCGCUCCACCGCCCUCGACAUGCCCUGGUACCAGUUGUACAACGCUGACGUGUGGGCGGUGGUGGUGGUGGUGACGCUGGUGGCGGGGGUCCUGGUCUCCUGGCUCUGCUACAGGAUCCUUCGAGCCUUGAUUGGCUGCUGCUGCCGAGCAAGAAAGGCCAAGAAGGACUGACGUCUGGUAUAUAGU